AUGAUGCAUGGGAAGGAGCCGAGCUUUGAAGAAUUUGUGGUCUUUGUAGAAGAGAAAGCCAGAAUUGCCCAAACCCGUUAUGGUAGAUUAGUACAGUGUAACUCAAGGUUCGGUAAAAGGAAUUCUGAAGGCCAAGCUGAUAGGAGAUCACGCUUUCAUGCAAUUAGACGAGACCCAAAUAACUCAGUCAAGGUAACACGUGAAAUCUGCGUAGGUGAUCAUGAGGCGACAGAUUGUCCAAGGUUAGCAAAAAUGAAUGUAAAAGAAAGGAGGCAGGAGGUAAGAAAACGUGGUCUAUGCUACUUAUGUUUGAGGAAAGGUCACAUAGCUAUGACAUGCAACUCAGGCAUCAAGUGCGACGUUGAGAAUUGCAAGGUUAGGCAUAAUUCAUUAUUGCAUAUUGAUAGUAUUGAUAACCAUGUGGUGAACCUAGCUAAGGAUUGGAACUCCUCAAAGGUUUGUUUGGGGAUCGUUCAGUUCAGACUAUACGGUCCCAAAGGAUGUUUGGAAACAUAUGCACUUCCAGAUAGUGGUUCGGACACUUCUCUUGUAUGUGAAGAAUUAAUUAAUCAGAUGGGUAUCAAAGGUGAAGAGACUUCGAUAAAGGUGGCGACUGUGAACGGAACUACUAAUUGUGAAUGUUUGGAGGUAAAUUUAGAGGUAUUUUCAUUAGAUGAACGGGGUUCUAUAAGGAUCAACAAAGUUUACACGACCAAGAAACUUCCGAUCGAUCAUGCAGCACCUUUAACCGAACUCCAACUGAAACGGUAG